GUGCCUCGCCGGCCGCUCGGGCAGCUCCCGGGCCGCGGCCAGGCGAGGAGCAGAGCGCUUGCCCCGGGGGUCUGUCGCGUCGCAGGCGCCGCCGGAGCCCUGGCCAUGAGGAUCCUGUGGAUGGCGCUGUGCGCGCUGGCGCGGCUGUGGCCCGGGGCCCAGGCCGGCUGCGCCGAGGCCGGGCGCUGCUGUCCCGGCCGGGACCCCGCCUGCUUCGCCCGCGGCUGGAGGCUGGACAGGGUCUACGGGACGUGUUUCUGCGACCAAACCUGUCGCCUCACCGGGGACUGCUGCUUCGACUACGACAGGGCGUGCCCAGCUCGCCCGUGCUUCGUGGGGGAAUGGAGCCCCUGGAGUGGUUGUGCCGACCAGUGCAAGCCUACAACCCGUGUGCGGAGGCGCUCGGUGCAGCAGGAGCCUCAGAAUGGCGGGGCGCCCUGCCCACCCCUGGAAGAGAGAGCCGGCUGCCUGGAGUACUCCACCCCGCAGGGCCAGGGCUGCGGGCACUCCUAUGUUCCUGCCUUUAUAACUACCUCUGCAUUCAACAAGGAGAGAACACGACAAGCUACGUCUCCACACUGGUCUACACACACAGAGGAUGCUGGAUACUGUAUGGAGUUUAAGACAGAGUCCUUGACUCCUCACUGUGCUCUGGAAAACCGGCCCUUAACAAGAUGGAUGCAGUAUCUCCGAGAGGGAUACACGGUGUGUGUGGAUUGUCAGCCUCCAGCUAUGAACUCUGUGAGCCUUCGUUGUUCUGGAGAUGGCCUGGACUCCGAUGGAAAUCAGACUCUCCAUUGGCAAGCAAUUGGUAAUCCUCGAUGUCAAGGAACUUGGAAAAAAGUUCGGCGAGUAGACCAGUGUUCUUGUCCAGCUGUUCACAGUUUUAUUUUUAUAUAGAUGGUGAUAUAAAUAUUUCCAAAUGCAUUUGUAAACAUGCUAAUAUUCUCAAGUCAUGUUCAAUGUUUCCUAAACCUUCAAUUUUGGCCAAAGUCCCCAAACACAUCAUUGCCACACUCUGAAGUAGAGAAAGAAAAUUUAGGGGCCAGUUCUCAAGGAACACAGGUCCUUUAUUUUUAUUUUAACUAAGUUGAAGACCCACUCAAAAAGCUCCUGUGGUUUUAUGUUCUUGACCUUUCAACUGGAGUCCUCUCGUUCAGCAGGUAGCCCGUGAGACACAGAAUACAUGUGUUUGCUAGAGUAAAAUUACUGUAACUCAGUCCAAUUAUUGGUGAGGGAAGUGUCAUUUAAGGGGAUCUAUGUUUUGAAUCUUGCAGUCUUUCUUUCUAUUUUAUAAUCUUUUAAAAGUUUCUCACUUUAAAAAAUGUAUACAGGUAUGCACACUCUACACAUGUAUUUCCAUAUAUUUAAUAUUCCAUAAAUUCUGAAAUAAUUUCAAGCAAAUUAUCACAAAUAAUUUUUCCACAGGGCAAAUUAUUUAAAAUUUUAGUAAGCAUUCUGUAAUGAAAAACCAACAGCUAUACUAAAAACAUUUUUUGAAGAAGAAAUUUUUUUUUGUUUAAGUGAAAGGAUCAAAUGCUCAUUCUAGGUCAAUGGGAGUUCUUUUAAAUGUUAUAAUUUUCAUGAAGAGAAAUGUUGGCACCAUGAAUGAAACAAUUGCUUUCAUUCCGAAAAUUCUACCACCAUUUGCAUCUAAGAUUAUUUCCAAGGCUGAAAGCCUGAAGCUGAAUAAAAUAAUCUUUCAGAGUCCAACUUCAAAUUUAGUUGAUGUAAGCUCACUAUUUUUUUCCUACCACAUGCAUUUUCUAAUGUUUGGGGUGGAUGGUGUGUCGGUUAUGGAAGGCACAGAUGUCAUUACAGGUGCCAUGAUCUCACACAUACACAAGGAAAUGUUAGUCUCCUUAUUUUAUGAUUGGAGAAUCAAUGAUCUAGAGGCAAAAUGGCAUGUUUAAGGACCUGGGAUGACAAGUCAUUCUGCAGUCAGCCACAGAGCCAAAUUUGGACUCCUCAUCCAGGACUCCGUGAAAAGCCUGACUUUGCCAAACACUGUGCUGGAAAAGCUAAGCCCCUUUCAUUUUUGAAGUAAAUUUUAAAUUCAAGAUAUUUAGUUUAGAGAAUUGAGUCUUGAGAUGUAAACUACAUGAGAUUUCUUUGGUUUCAAUUGAAUAAUAUUCACUAACAAAUGAUUUACUAAAAUACGUAUUUCUUGGUCCUUAUCAUGUAAUGACAGAUUCACAACAGCAAUAGAGAUGGAAAUUUCCCCAAUAAUUAAUAACACCGAGAGUAGCAAUAUUUCUGACUGUAUUUUCAUUUGUCAAAGUUGUUUUUGUGGAAAAUUAAAUUCUUCAGAAAUUAAUAAUAAAAUAUGUGAGUCUCAUCAAGGCUAGCAACUUUAAGUCAGUAUUAACAUUUUCAUACUGUUUCUAACAUUUAUAAAGCUAGAUUUUUGAAGCUAUGUCUGGGUAAUUUCCAAUGUUACUUAAAAGUUUUUAUUUUUUUUUGAGAGUCUCGCUCUGUCGCCCAGGCUGGAGUGCAGUGGCCCGAUCUCGGCUCAUUGCAAGCUCCGCCUCCCGGGUUCACGCCAUUCUUCUGCCUCAGCCUCCCAAGUAGCUGGGACUACAGGCGCCCGCCAUCACGCCCGGCUAAUUUUUUGUAUUUUUUUUUAGUAGAGACAGGGUUUCACCGUGUUAGCCAGGGUGGUCUCGAUCUCCUGACCUCGUGAUCCACCCGCCUCGGCCUCCCAAAGUGCUGGGAUUACAGGCGUGAGCCACUGCACCUGGCCUGUUACUUAAAAUUUUUAUACUAGUAAAUAAACUUUUUGUUCACAUUUAUAAAAGCUCUGUAUUUGACUAGAAAAUAACCCAAAUUUUCUGGACUAGUCAGAGAAUGAUAAAAUUUCACCAAAAAUAAAACAAAAAAUCCUUCAGAAUUGAUAGGUAUAGGUACAACGACUACUAAUAGCAAUAAAGCAAUGGUCCAUUUAUAGUUCUGAUAUGUGCUGUAACAUUUAACAUAAUUGAGUUGUAUAAAAUAAGCUUUUCACCUUAUGCAUUUAAUUUUUGGUGGAUGACCAGUAAUUAAUUUCUUAUUGAAGUUAAAUUUUUGUUUUUUCUAUUCUUGAUAAAAUUUUAUGGGCUAGGAGUUAACAGUUAAAUAAGUUUUGAAAAGCUUGUUAUUAAUUUUAGCGAAGCUCAAGGGAAAUAGUUCAGAACCGAAACAUGUAGUCCAAGUGAUGAAUGAAAAACCAAAAGUUUUUAUUUUCAAAUUUAAAAAUCAAAGUAUAUAAGACCUCUUGGCACUCUUUUUUAAUAAGUACCUUAGUCUUAGGGCCCUAUCCCCAGGCCUAAAUCUAAAAAGAUUUACGAACUCUAGAAUCCCUUAAUAGACUGAUUUUCAAAAGUGCUCGUGGAAAAGAAUUUGAACAAAAAUAAAUACAGCCACCAGGAAAGAAGGGAAAAGAAGCAAGGGAUAAUAGCCAUUUUUGAAAAGAAAAGUGAAAAACAAGUGAAGGAAAAAAAGAAUAGAAAAAGGAAUAAGAUGAACUAUAAUCAUAGUAUUAUUUUUGGAGUUUUGCUUUGGUUUUUAUUCGAGAAUGUUACAAUUAAGCAUAAACCGCAACAGCAAUAAUUUAAAGUGGUUAUCAUCUGGCAUAAAAAUUUGAGUUAUAUCUUUUCUAGAUACGCACAAAAAUGAUGUUAAUAAAACUGGUUCCUGCCCUCUAAGAAUAUUCUAGUGAAGGUUCAUACAAACAACCACAAGUUGGCUUAGAAAACAAAGACCUGGGCCUUCUGAGGUCCAAGCAAUCAGACAAAGAGCACUGUGAGGGAGGUCACACUCUAGGUCAGGGUGACAGACAGACACACGUUUACCCUCUCUGCUUCCUCAGACCCCACUGAAGAGACACGAUUCACAGAAGAGAAUAAGUCCACAGCAGAUGAGAAGUGAGGUGGGCAGAAUCAGCCCGCAGAGUUUGAAUAAUUUUUUUUAAGAUUGAAAGCAAAUGAUAACCUACUGAUAGAUGAACCAGAAUAAAGGGGCCAUAUCCUUUAACACGGGUACAGAAGAAGCUGGAAUCAGAGAUGAGAGCCAUUCUUGGUGGGGCAGUCCCACCAAGUACCGAAGGAUGAAUAAAAAGACUCUCAGCCCUAGAGACAAAUUUGUGAAAUUAAAAAUGAAGGAUAAAGAAAAGACCAUAAAACCUUCCAGGGAGAGAACAACAGAUUACCUGUAAAGGAACAGGAGUCCACAUGAAGACAGCACUGUUCUCAUCAGCAUCAGUGCAUGCUUAACAUCUAACAGAAGAAAGCCUCCAAGCUCUGAGGGAAAAUGAAUGUGAAAGUAACAUUCGAUAGCAGCCAUCACUAUCACUAAUAAAGUGUGAAAGCAACAUACAGACUUUUAAAGGCACAAGGAUUGGAAGCUUUAUUAAAAGGUCCUAAGCAGGACAUUCUUUUUUCCGGUUAAACAUGGCAGGUUGGACACAUAUAUUUAUGUCCCAAUUCCCAAUAAAAUUACAGUUAAGGGAUUUUCAAAGCCAUCCCCCUACCAAAACAACAACAAAGCCCAUAUAUAACGAGGAGUUCAAGAGAGAAAAUGCAGAAGAGAUGGCCACAUUUCAGGACCAGAAAAGAAGAUGGCUACUAAAAUCGGAGGAGAAAGCCAAACACCUAGAUCUACGGGCGAAUUUGAGUAAGCAAGGUAAUUUCUAGCACUCUGGAAAGGCUCUGGAACUGAAGGUUCCAGGUAUUUCCUUCAAUGGAAUGAAUGGCUGAUGGUUGGUCUAAGAAGUCAGAGCCUUAGAUUCCCUCCCCCAUGCUGCAGGUCAACAGCCUGACAGAAGGUUCAGUCUAUGGAGGACACAAGUCACAAGGACUGAGAAUGAAGCCUGAAUGAACGUCUCUGUUCUGACUGGUGACCCCUGGUUCCCUUUUCCAUGUGCUCUGAGAAUAUUGCAAGCAGGGAUAGAUAUGCCCCUCCUUCACUCCCUCACUGCCACUCUCAUCCCUACACACCAGUUUGUUAGAUUCCUCUCUGAGGAAGUGGAUUAUCCAAGAGAAAUGACAAUAGGUGUUGACAGUUGAGGAUCCCCUAAUGAAAGAGCCAUGUCUCUGUCUAAUCACUACAGGCAUAUCGCUACCUGGAUGUCUUUGUUCAGGCUGCUAUAUGAAAAAAAAAAUACCACAGUUUGGGUGGUUUAAAAAACAAACAUUUAUUUCUCUCAGCUCUGGAGGCUGGAAAGUCCAAGAUGAAGGUACCAGUAGAUCUGAUGUCCGGUGAGGGCCCUCUCCUUGGUCUUGCUGUCUUCACAUAGCAGGGAGAGAGACAGAGGGAGAGAAAGAGAAAGAGAGAGAAGAGAGAGAGAUGGGACAGGAGAGAGAAAAAGGGGAGCAAGCGGGGAAAGCUUUUUCAUGUCCCUUCUUAUAAGGGCACUAAUUUUAUCAUCAGGGCUCUAUCCUCAUGACUUAAUUACCUCCCGAAGGCCCAUCUCCAACUCCAAGUUCCAUCAUAAUUGAGAUAAAGGUUUGAACAUAUGAAUUUUGCGGGGACACAACCAUGCAGCUCAUAACAUUUGACAUGUCCUAUCAGUGCUCACAGAACUUGAAUCAGCUUUUUAAUUUUUUAAGUAUUACUUCUUUAUUUAGAGAUAGUAACUUGCUAUGUUGUCCAGGUUGGUCUCAAACUCCUGGACUCAAGUGAUAAACUCCUGGACUCAAGUGAUCCUCCCACCUCAGCCUCCCAUGUCACUGGGAUUAUAGACAUGAACCACCUCAUCUGGUUUCAAUCAACUUUUUUGUUCUUACCCAUAAAUAUAAAUGGACAGCACAGGACAACCAGACAUUUGAGAAAAACCACUAACAAGAGCAACCAAAAUUAAACAUGAACAAACAAGCAAUAUAACAAAACUCAGAGGAAAUAAAUCAUUGAUCGCUACCAGGAACAGAACAGAUUAAAUGAUAAAUCAUGGAAUAAGGACAGGAUGCUCUAAAAAAGGAAUAUUUAAAGCUCUUGAAGAUUAAGAAGUUUGAUAGUCAUAUAUAAAUGUUAUGAAAAUUUAUAACAUAAAGCUUAAUGCCAUUUUCUCCAGAAAGUAAACAAACAAAUUAAAGAGACAGAAAUUAGGAGAUAAAAUAUAAGGACAUUUGAGAAUCAGUCAAAGAGAUACAACACCUGAAUAAUGGGAGCACGGCAAAGCCUAUGAGUGCCAGGCUCCUUAGUUUACAAAGAAAGGCUGGCCCAGUACGGUGGCUCACACCUAUAAUCCCAGCACACUGGGAGGCCAACGUGGGUGGAUCACUUAAGCCCAGGAACUUGAGACCAGCCUGGGCAACAUGGCGAGGGCUCUGUCUCUGCAAAAGUUUUUUUUUUUUCUUUUUAUUAUACUUUAAGUUCUAGGGUACAUGUGCACAAUGUGCAGGUUUGUUACAUAUGUAUACAUGUGCCAUGUUGGUUUGCUGCACCCCUUAACUUGUCAUUUACAUUAAGUAUUUCUCCUAAUGCUAUCCCUCCCCGCUCCCCCCACCCCAUGACAGGCCCCAGUGUGUGAUGUUCCCCGACCUGGGUCCAAGUGUUCUCAUUGUUCAAUUCCCACCUAUGAGUGAGAACAUGCAGUGUUUGGUUUUCUGUCCUUCGGAUAGUUUGCUCAGAAUGAUGGUUUCCAGCUUCAUCCAUGUCUCUACAAAGGACAUGAACUCAUCCUUUUUUAUGGCUGCAUAGUAUUCCAUGGUGUAUAUGUGCCACAUUUUCUUAAUCCAGUCUAUCAUUGAUGGACAUUUGGGUUGGUUCCAAGUCUUUGCUAUUGUGAAUAGUGCUGCAAUAAACAUACGUGUGCAUGUGUCUUUAUAGCAGCAUGAUUUGUAAUCCUUUG